AUGGCGGCCCCCCCGGCGCUGCUGGCGCUGGCCCUGGCGCUGAGCGGGGUGCGCGGGGCCGGCGCCGGCGACUGCAAGGGGCAGCGGCGGGUGCUGCGGGGUCCCUCCGGCUUCGUCACCGACGGCCCCGGCAACUACUCCGUCAACGGCAACUGCGAGUGGCUGGUGGAAGCCCCCAGCCCGCGGCACCGGGUGCUGCUGACCUUCACCUUCAUGGACACGGAGUGCACCUACGACUACCUCUUCGUCUACGACGGGGACUCCCCCCGCAGCCCCCUCCUCGCCAGCCUCAGCGGCAGCACCCUGCCCGCCCCCCUCGAGGCCACCUCGGGCAAGAUGCUGCUGCACCUCUUCAGCGACGCCAACUAUAACCUGUUGGGCUUCAACGCGACCUACAGCGUCUCGCUCUGCCCCCGGGGCUGCUCGGGGCGGGGGGCCUGCGACCCCCAGGGCCACUGCCAGUGCCAGCCCGGCUGGGGGGGCCCCGACUGUGCCCAGCCCCACUGCGCGACCUACUGCCAGGCCCACGGCGGCACCUGCAACCAGGCCACGGGGCGCUGCGAGUGCCAGCCGGGCUUCGUGGGGCGGGCGUGCGACCUGGCGCUGGGGGAGAACCGGGGGGGCGGCCGCUGGUACAACGUCAGCGAGGGGGACCCCGACUUCCCUCCCCGCACCGCCGCCGCCGGCGCCGUCCUGCCCCGCGCCGGGGCCCUCUACGUCUUCGGGGGUCUGGACCUCAACGCGGCGCUGGGCGACCUCGUGGUGUACAACUUCACCACCAACCGCUGGUCGCGGCUGGAGCUGACCCCCGCCCCGGCCCCCCGGCACUCGCACGUGGCGGCGUGCUGGCGCGACACCCUGGUGCUGAGCGGGGGCGAGCUGGCGGGGGGGGCGCUGGCCCGCGACGUCUGGGUCUUCGACCCCCUCGGGGGGGGCUGGCGGGAGCUGCAGCCCCAAAACGGCACCCGGCCCCCCGGGCUGGCCGGCCACGCCGCCGCCCUCGUCGACGACUGGCUCUACGUCUUCGGAGGCCGCACGGCCGAGGACGUUUUCUCUUCCCAGCUCUUCCGCUUCCACCUGGAGACGUGGGGCUGGGAGCAGGUGGUCCCGUGGGGCGGGAAGCCCCCCGCCGCCGCCGGCCACUCCAUGGUCUUCCACCCCCCCUCCCGCACCCUCCUCGUCUACGGGGGGCACCGGCCCUCCACCGCGCGGUUCAGCAUGCGGGUGAACACCACCGACCUCUUCCACGUCGACCUGCGGCACUGGACCACGCUGCGGGCUCGGGACGGCGCCCACGGCCCCCGCGAGCGCGCCUUCCACACCGCCACCGUCGUCGGCGACUACAUGGUGGUCUACGGGGGGAACGUCCACAUCCACUACCACGAGGAGAAGUGCUACGAGGACGAGAUCUUCUUCUACCACCUCGGCUGCCACCAGUGGGUCCCCAGCGCCGAGCUGGCCCACGGGCUGCCCCACGACCAGGGGUCCCGGGGGUCCCCGGGACAGGGCCGCUACGCCCACGUGGCCGGGGUGCUGCGGGGCAGCGUGCUGCUGGUGGCGGGGGGCUUCAGCGGGGCCCCCCGGGGCGAUCUCCUGGCCUACAAGGUGCCGGCCUUCGUCUUCCAGGUGCCAGCCCAGAACUACCACCUGGACUACUGCUCGCUCUACGCCGAGAGGGGCACCUGCACCAAGGACCCCCAGUGCGCCUGGUGCCUCGGGGGGUGCCAGAGCCCCGCGCCCCACAGCAACGUGAGUGGGGGGUGCCCCAGCACCGGCUGCCUGGGCCUGGCCCGUCUGCUGGUGGACUGCGAGUCCUGCCUGGCUUUUGGGGGGGCCGGGCCGGGCCCCCCCCGCGCCCCCGGCCCCUUCGGCUGGUGCGUGCAGAACGACACCUGCAUGCCCGUGGUGGAGCAGAGCCGCUGCCGCGUGGGGCAGAUCUCGGGGACCUACGGCUGGUGGGGCCCGCGCCCCGUCUUCGUCACGGCGCUGCAGCACUGCCGCACCGCCAAUUUCCUCCCCGGCCUCCACCUCGUCACCUACCAGCAGCCGCGUAACGACUCCCAGCCCGACAAGGUCUCCAUCGUCCGCAGCACCACCAUCACGCUCAGCCCCAGCGGCGACACCGACGUCUCCCUCGUCUACCGCGGCUUCAUCUACCCGCUGCUGGGACCCCCCCCGGCCCCCGGCCCCGGCCCCAGCGUCUGGGCCCGCAUCCAGCGCCUCUACGUCGUUGCCCGCCUCGGACGGCACCCCAACUCUCCUGAGCUGGAGGAGGUGGGGCGCUGGUCGGUGCAGCAGGAGCGGGAGACGCGUCCCCUGCAGCGCCCGCGCCCCGAGCGGCUUUUCGGGGCGCCCGAGCGGGGCAACAAGUACGCGGUGCAGGUGGAGGGGCACUUCAACAGCUCGGGCAGCGGGCAGAGCAGCGAGCUCACCCUCGUCUGGGACCGCACCGGCGUCCCGGGGGGCAGCGAGAUCUCCUUCUUCUUCCUGGAGCCCUUCCGCUCCCCCCCCGGGCACUGCCCCUCCUACCCCUCCUGCCUGGCCUGCCUGGCCGACCAGGGCUGCGGCUGGUGCCCCCCCAGCGCCUCCUGCCACGGCCGCCUGCACCCCCCGGGGGGGCUCUGCGGAGGGGGGGGCCCCCGCCUCGUCCUGGCCCCCGCCAACUGCGUCCUCUGCGAGGACUACCGCGACUGCCACGCCUGUGCCGCGGACCCCUUCUGCGAGUGGCAGGUGCACAGCAGCAAGAAGGGCGACUUCGUCUGCAGCCGCCGGGGACGGCAGGCGGGGGCCGUCCGCGCCCCCCAGCACUGCCCCAGCCUCUGCAGCCAGCGCCGCUCCUGCUCCGAGUGCCUCUCCAACUCCAGCCAGUGCGCCUGGUGCCAGUCCACCCGCAGCUGCUUCUUCUUCGCCGCCUACUUGGCCAAGUACCCCUACGGGGACUGCCGGGGCUGGUACGACAGCGUCCACUCGGCACCGCAGUGUCUGGACUGCUCCCGCUUCAACACGUGCCGCGAGUGCCUGCAGAACCUCGAGUGCGGCUGGUGCGGCGACGCCGACAACCCCCGCCGGUGCCUGGAGGGCGACUUCUCGGGGCUGCGGGGGUACCCCAACUGCUCGGUGGCGCUGGGGGAGCCGGGGGGGCUGCCCCCCGGGCGGGGGGCCGCCUGGUCCUACGGGCAGUGCCCCGACGUGGACGAGUGCCGCCUGGGCAUGGCCGCCUGCCACCCCUUCGCCGCGUGCCACAACACCCCCCAGGCCUUCGAGUGCCGCUGCCGGCGCGGCUACGCCGGGGACGGGACCACCCACUGCAACCGCACGUGCUACGAGGACUGCGGCCACGGCUACUGCAGCGGGGCCCCCAACUACACCUGCGUCUGCCACCUGGGCUGGACCUCGCCGCCCGCCAACGCCACCGGCCGCGGGGACGCCGCUGGGGACGCCGUUGGGGACACCGCGGGGGACACUGCGGGGGACACCGCCGCCCUCUGCUCCGUGGACUGCGGCUGCCACUUCCACAGCAGCUGCGAGGCGGCCGGCCCCGGCGUCUGCGACCGCUGCCAGAACUGGACCCACGGGGAGCGCUGCCAGCUCUGCCGCCCCGGCAGCUUCGGGGACGCCACGGGGCCGGGGGGCUGCCAGCAGUGCCGGUGCCACGGCCACGGCCGACCCGAGCGGGGACACUGCCACGGGGCCACCGGCGCCUGCUUCUGCGCCCCCCCCACCGAGGGGCCCCACUGCGAGCGCUGCGCCCCCGGCUACUUCGGGGACCCCAGGGAUGGGGGCACGUGCUACCGGGAGUGCGGGGGCCGCUCGCUGCUGGCCAACCUCUCCUCGCCCGUGGCCCUGGGGUCCCGGCUGGCCGGGGGGGCCCCGGCAGCCGGGGGGGGCCUCUCCUACUGCGUUUGGGUGCUGUCGGCCACGGGGGGCCCGGAGCCGUGCCCCCCCGGGGAGCCCUGCCCCACCAUCAGCCUGACGCUGAAGCCCGACCUGCACACGCCGUGCAUGACGAGCUACGCCUACGCCUUCGACGGGGUGCCGUCCUUCCUGGACAGCGGGGUGCUGCAGGGGGACCCCACGCUGCUGGGGGCCUUCUGCGGGCACGGCCGCCCCGAGCCCCUCACCCUGGAGGCCCACUCAGCGCCUCUGCCCCGGGGACUGCGGCGCCCACGCCGGCACGGCGCCUGCAACGCGAGCCUGGGGCUCUGUGUCUGCCGCGAGGGCUUCGCCGGCCCCGACUGCUCGGAGCUGCUGGGACCGGGGAGCAUCGUCUGGGAGACCCUCGUCGACGGGCAGCUGGCGGCUGACACGGCCAGCCGCUUCCUGCACCGCCUGGGCCACAGCCUGGUGGAGGGUCCGGAGGCGACGCUCUGGAUGUUCGGAGGGCUCUCGCUGCCCCAGGGGCUGCUGGGAAAUGUCUACAGGUAUUCCAUCCCGGAGCGCCGCUGGACCCAGAUGCUGGCGGGGGCGGAGGACGGGGGUCCCGGCCCCUCGCCCCGCUACUUCCACGCGGCCGCCCCCCUGCCCACCCGCCGCGCCAUGCUGGUGCUGGGGGGGCUGACGGCGGCGGGCGUGGCCAGCGACGCCUGGGUGCUCAACCUCACCACGCUGCAGUGGCGGCAGCAGCAGGACCCGCUGCUGCCGGCGGUGGCGGGGCACACGCUGACCCCCCGGCGCGGGACCUCGCUGCUGCUCAUCGGGGGGUACUCGCCCGAAAACGGCUUCAACAAGAAGCUGCUGGAGUACCGGGUGGAGACGGAGAGCUGGGCCGUGGGGCAGCAGGCCGGGACCCCCCCCACAGGUACCGGGGACCCUGGGACACGGAUGCACUACGGCCACUCGGCCGUCUACCACGAGGACACGGAUGCCGUCUACGUGUUUGGGGGCCACCGCUUCCACGUGGAGACCGUCUCGGCCUCUCCGGAGCUCUACAGCCUCUACUGCCCCAACCUCACCUGGAGCCUCCUCGCCCCCUCCCAGGGCCACAAGCCCCUGCCCCACUUCUUCCACGCGGCGGCGGUGGUGGGGGACGUGAUGGUGGUCCUGGGGGGCCGGACGGAGACCCACGACUUCAGCAACCACCUGCUGCUCUACCAGCUGCGCUGCAACGCCUGGGUGCUGCCCCCCCACACCGAGCCGGCGGUGGUGGGCGAGCCCAUGAAACGGUCGGUGGCCCACGCGGUGGCGGUGGCGGGGGGCCGGGUCUACGUCUCGGGGGGCUUCAACGGGGUGGCCCUGGGGCGGCUGUCGGCCCUGCGGCUGCCCGCGGACCCCUGCCUGUCGCUGCCCGGCCCCGAGGCCUGCAACCGCUCGGGCGCUGCCUGCGCCUGGUGCCAGGGCGGCUGCCUGUCCGCCGACACUGCCCAGCGGCUGGGCUGCGCCCCGGGCCCGGCCGCCUGCUCCCCGACGCCUCGCUCCCCCGAGGACUGCCGGCGCCUGCGGACCUGCAGCGAGUGCCUGGCCCAGCACCCCCGCGCCCUGCGGCCCCCCCCGCAGUGCAAGUGGUGCACCAACUGUCCCGAAGGCGCCUGCAUCGGCAGCGGCGGCAGCUGCACCUCGGAGAACGACUGCCGCAUCAACCAGCGGGAGAUCUUCGCCGCCGCCAACUGCUCCGAGGUGUCCUGCGAGGCCUCCGACUGCCCCAAGUGCACCGCCUCCGGCAAGUGCAUGUGGACGCGGCAGUUCAAGCGCACCGGCGAGACCCGCCGCAUCCUGAGCGUGCAGCCCACCUACGACUGGACCUGCUUCAGCCACUCGCUGCUCAACGUCUCCCCCAUGCCCGUGGAGUCCUCGCCCCCCCUGCCCUGCCCCACACCCUGCCACAACCACAGCUCCUGCCCGCUCUGCCUGGCCUCCAAGGGGGCAGACGGGGGCUGGCAGCACUGCGUCUGGAGCGUCAGCCUGCAGCAGUGCAUGAGCCCCAGCUACGUCCCCCUGCGGUGCGCGGCCGGGGCGUGCGGGCGGCUGCUGCGGGGGGCCGAGAGCUGCACCCCGGGGUGCGCGGGGGCCCCCCAGUGCUCCCGCUGCCUCCGCCAGCCCCGCUGCGGCUGGUGCGCCCGCCGCGGGCACAACGGCAGCGGCCGCUGCCUGGAGGGCGGCCUCCACGGCCCCCGCCACGGUACGCCAUGGGGCGGGGCGGAGUGGGCUUUCCUGGGCUGCCCCCCCGAGAACGAGUGCCUCAACGGGCACCACGACUGCAACGAGACCCAGGACUGCCGCGACCUCCCGCACGGCUACCGCUGCGCGUGCAAGAGCGGCUACACGCUGGACAACGCCACGGGGCUGUGCCGGCCGGUGUGCGAGCAGGGCUGCGUCAACGGGACGUGCGUGGAGCCCAACCGCUGCCGCUGCCACUUCGGCUACGUGGGGCACAACUGCUCGGUGCAGUGCCAGUGCAACGGGCACAGCCAGUGCCGCGGCCCCACCGCCCGCGACCAGUGCCUCCAGUGCUUCAACAACACCAAGGGCCCCCAGUGUGAGCGGUGCCGGCCCCUCUUCGUGGGCUCGGCGCGGGCGGGGGGCUCGUGCCGGCCCUGCCGCAGCUUCUGCCGCCACAACGCUGCCGUCUGCAUCUCGCGGGAGGAGUACGAACGCGCCCGCCGCGACCCUGCCCGCUUCCCUCUCGAGCCUGCCAUGAUCCCCACGUGGGUGUCGGAGGGGCCGAGCGAGGAGGCGGCCGUCUGCGUCAACUGCCAGAACAACAGCGUGGGCGAGCGCUGCGACGGCUGCCGGCCCGGCUUCUUCCUGCUGGACGGCGCCUGCACCAAGUGCCAGUGCAACGGGCACGCGGACACGUGCAACGAGCUGGACGGGACGGGGUGUCCCUGCCAGAACAACACCGAGACGGGCAGCUGCCAGGGCGGCAGCCCCGCCGACAAGAAGGACUGCUACAAGCAGCAGUGCGCCAAGUGCCGCGACUCCUUCCACGGGCACCCGGUGGGGGGACAGCAGUGCUACCGGCUGAUGGCGGUGGAGCAGGAGUACUGCCUGGACCCCACCUCGCAGAGCAACUGCUUCCACCAGCCGCAGCUCCAGCACCUGCUGCCCGGCCGCACCGUCCUCUUCGGCGUCCAGCCCAAGUUCACCAACGUGGACAUCCGCAUCACGCUGGACGUCACCUUCGGCGGCGUCGACCUCUUCGUCUCCACCGCCUACGACACCUUCGCCGUCGACGUCGACCCCGCCACCGGCCGCCACGUCGUCCGCCUCCAGACCCCCCACCCCGCCGCCGGCGCCGCCAACGCCACGCGGCUGCGGGAGGAGCGCGCCGGCGGGCUGGUGACCUACCUGACGGUGCGGGAGGUGGCGGCGGCGCUGGUGGUGCGAGGGGUGCGGGACCGGCUGGUGCUGACCUACCCCCACGCCCUGCACCCCCUCAAGUCCAGCCGCUUCUACCUGCUGCUGCUGGGGGUGGGGGGCCCCGGGGCGGCCCCCUCGCAGGGGCUGCUCUUCUUCCGCCAGGACCAGGCCCACAUCGACCUCUUCGUCUUCUUCUCCGUCUUCUUCUCCUGCUUCUUCCUCUUCCUCGCCCUCUGCGUCCUGCUCUGGAAGGCCAAGCAGGGGCUGGACGCCCGCCACGAGCAGCGCCGGCACCUCCAGGAGAUGAGCAAGAUGGCCAGCCGCCCCUUCGCCAAGGUCACCGUCUGCUUCGAGCGGGGGGCCCCCCCCGGGCCCCCCCGCCGCCGCCCCGCCGGCACCCCGGCCCCCCCGCAGCCCGGCGCCGGGCCGGUGACGCUGGAGCCCACCGAGGACGGGGUGGCGGCGGUGGCCACGCUCCUGCUGCAGCUGCCGGGGGGGCCGCGGGGCCCCCACCGCGCCGCCCUGGCCUCCGCCCUGGUGACGCUGCGGCAGGGGCUGCAGGAGUACGGGGGGGGCCCCCCCGGCGC